UUUUUUCGUAUGAUUCCAUCAUUUUUUAAAAUAUGAUCAAGUUAAAUUUUGAUUCUCUUAGGGCCAGUUGUCAUAAUGGUUUAUUAGUGAAUUCAAAACUUUUAUCUAUAGAUUAGCCUCAAUUAUGAUAAUCAUCUUAAAACUUCCAGUACAAAAAACGAGCCCUUAGCCCGCUUUUAUGGCUACUAUCCCACCACUACGAAAGUUAGUGAUUUGACCAAUCUCUUCCCCCCGUCUCCCACAUCCCACCCGGAACCUUUUCAAAUUACUUCUUCUUUCUCCUUGGGAGAGGCUGAGGGUGGACCAUCCACCCAAAAUAUUUUGACCUCAGAUACAUUUCAGCAGGCGCCACAGCUCAUGACGUUGUUAGAUUCGCGAAAGUGCCCCAACUUUCUUCGGGGAUCGUGCAAUGACGGACCUACGUUCAGAUUCAUUCAUCAUCAGAGUAACGCUUCGAUUAACCCGCCUUUCCACGACCAUCGUAACAGUAUAUGCGUGUACGAAUCCACCGGCAAAUACCAGUACGUUACGGAUUCUUCCGAACUGGACGUUGGCAACCCACCCAUUAAGGACAGCGAUAAUGAAGAUUCGUUCAUGUUGGAUGUCGAAAGAAAGCCUAUCAGCCUAUCCAUACCCUCGUCGACCUCCUUUUUCCUGUCGGAGUUGUCGUCCACCUCUAUAACUACCUUUUCGAUUUUCUCAUCUCUCGUUAAGGCCACCGCCUGCCCAAACAACGCAGAGCUAAUAGAUCAGAUCGGUGGUGAUAUCACCCCAAAUCCAGAUGCCGUCUCGAAUUUCUUAGAAUUCAAUGAUAGGUUUAAUUCCGAAAAUAAGUGUUUGAAAUUUUUAUUUCAGAAUAACCUACUCUUCACAUCCAAAUAUUGUAUUUGCGGUUCUAUGGCAUAUUUUUACGAAGACUCGAGAAAUAAAAUAUUCAGAUGCUCUAAUCGUAAAUGUUAUAAAAGGAUAUCCGUAUGGAAGGAUACCAUUUUUUACUCGAAUGGCAUAGGGGCCGUCAAUAUAUUUCGCCUAAUAUACCUAUUUUUGGAGAAUUAUCACGUUUCGCAAUCACAAUUGAGAGAAGCGACAAAGUUAUCCGCCAAGACAACCUUGAGUUAUUACAAAAUAUUUCGCCAAGUAUGCAUCUAUGUAAACGCCAAGGAGUGCAAACCGAUAGGAGGUGCGGACAAAACCAUAGAAAUCGGAGAAAUUCAGCUCAACAACACUAAAUUUCCCAGGAGAGGGAAGCUAAAACCGCCUCAAAUUUGGGUUGUAGGGGGUAUUUGUCGCGAUACAGAUGAAUUCUUCCUGGAAUUGGUUAGCGAAAGAAAUAGCACUGUGCUGACUGAUUUGAUAAAAAAAAACAUAUUACAUGGUACUACACUCAUCACCAAUUGUUGGAACGAUAAUAAAGACCUAGAUGACAUAGAUUACACCCUUUAUAGGGUGAGCCGUACGCCGAACCCUCCGCUUAUUAGUGGGGGAAAUUGCGAAGUUAAUUUACAUACCCAUAAUAUAGAAAUUUUCUGGGCUCAUCUGAAGGCUAACAUUGUUAAGCACAGCAAGGACCAGUACAUGCAAGAUUAUUUGAACGCCUACGUAUACCGGCAAAAGAGGAAAUACCUUGGCACCUUCGACGUCUUUAAAUUGUUUCUAAAAGAUAUCAUGUUUUCUUACAAUGUUGUGAAAGAUAAAUUAUAAAAAGAAAAUUAUUUAAUAAUUUAUUCUUGUAUAUUAUUCAUAAUCACGAAAACUCGUCAAAUAUCGACAAAUAAGUAUUUAUAUAGCAUAUUUAUUUUAUAUGUAAACUGUUAUAUUUUGUUAUAUUUUGAAUAAUUAUUUAAUAAAUGGGGGUAA